UGGAUAUUAGCCUAUAUUUACUGAUAUUAACCAAAUAAAGACAUUCAGUAAUUUAUGUUUCAAUUCCCCGCGGGCCACAUCGAUUUCCGUCGAAAAUGGCGCACCCUGCAAAACGGUCAAGGUAUGAUGUUCUUGCCGCAGCUACCGCUCAGUUCUACAACACUACAGGGACAGUACCGGGAAGCCUUCACCUGGCAACUGAUAUCUCCUACCUAGUUACUAAUCAACCAAGUUGCACUAUUGUCGUUGCAGACAUCCCGGAAGGUUGUACAGAAAGGGAUUUAAUUGGUCUUUUCAGCAGAUACGGGCAGAUUAAAAAUGCCAAGUUGGUAUGCAGUGGUCGAGCUGCUCUUGUCGAGUUUUGUGAAAUUUCUCCUCCCACUAGACUUGUCCACAUGGCGAAAAUCAACCCUUUUUGUGUCGGUCCGAAUCGCGUUAGGCUGGAAUUUUCUUCCGAAACAAUUACUCCUGUAAUUGACCGCAAACAUCAAUCACAGUCUUCAGCCUUGGACAACAAUGCCCCUACACGCAUCCUUCAUUUAGAUAUUUCAAAUGCUGAAUACCCAAUAACUGUCGAUGUAAUAAAGGCAAUCUGUUCUCCUCAUGGGAAUAUCCUAAGAACCUUUAUUGGGAAAAAGAAUGUUGACCGUUCAUUAGAAGCUCUUGUUGAAUUUGAAAAUGUUGAAGAGGCUAGGGCAGCCAAAGAGCAGCUUGAUGGUGCUGACAUAUAUUCCGGUUGUUGUAAUCUUACGGUUGCAUAUUCCCGUCUUCAACGUGUUCAUGUGACUCAGAACGAUAGUGAGUCCUGGGAUUUCACUGGUCCAAGUGGCAAUUUAGAAGGACCCCUGAACAAUUCUUCCACUCAGCGUACGCUACUUGGCUCAGUAGCUCCACCUCCCAAUUCAGCCGUAGCUCCUGCAAUCUUACCACCUCCUGCAGCCGCCCCAUUCCCACAAGUGUCUCCGGUGUAUGGCGCACAACCCUACCCUCCCUCCCAAACACCGAUGGGUUACUAUGGAGUGGGUCCACUUAUUCCUCCGGCUUGCGCUGUCCCUGCCGUGACACCGUUUGCCUCUCCCUAUCCAGGUUACUGGCAACCUAAUAUGAUCCCGGCAGCUGGUAUCCAGUCACUCAGGCCACAAGCUUCGACUGGUUUCACACCACCAUCACAAAUCAUAAUACUUCCAACCCCUCCUUCAGUUCAUCAAGUAAAUGCUAGCGGAAUUGGGAUUGGUCAUUCAACAUCAAACCUAUCUGUAUCAACUCCGGCUGCUCGUCAAUCGGACUUGUCAGUUUUUGAAGCUAUUGAAGGUGUAGUUUUAAUGGCCAGCAAUAUACCACAGCGCAUGAAUUGUGAUCAUCUGUUCAAUUUAAUUUGUCUGUAUGGUAAUGUUGCACGGAUUAAGUUCCUGAAGACACGCCCUGGCUAUGCAAUGGUUCAAGUCGGAAACCCAGAAACAGGUGACCUCAUACAUCGAUACUUCAGUGGAGUGUGUGUGUUUGGGCAAGUUAUUCAGUUUCAUCACAGCAAGGUGACGGAGCUUAAGGAACAUGAAAAUCUGGGGACAUUGGCUGAUGGGUCACCAGUUAUGAAAAACUACAUGACGGACCCCAACAACCGCUUCCGAAACUCAAUGGUGGCUGCCAAAAGUAGAAUUCUAGAACCUUCUCGCACACUUCAUUUCUUCAAUGCCCCCCUUAAUUUUAGUCCAGAUGACAUUUGCCGAGUGUUCUCGGAUUGUGGUGCCACACCUCCACCCCGUGUUGUAAUAUUCACUUCUAAAGCAGGUCAAAAAACUUCUCUUGGAUUGGUAGAAUGGGAUACGUUGACUGAGGCUCUUGAGGCCCUCAUUUUGGCAAAUCACCGGCCAGUUCACUUAUCUGGAUACGCUCAUCCUUUUCAUCUAAAAAUUGCCUUUAGUCCGAAACCUAUAUCAGAUGACAGAGCUGGCAUUUCGCUGAUACGUUAUCCUGCACCUCCUUUGAUGCCCGGACACCAUGGAUCGUUGGCGAUAAAUGGUCAGCGAAAUGACAAGGCUCCUGGUGGCGGUUCUAAUGGGGAACAAGAGGAUGAAUUAGAUAUUCUGUCGAAAAUGGAGAAAGCCGAAGGUUGUGCAAAGCCUGAAUCAAAGGGUGACUCAGCGGAUGCUAAAUCUGAUUCAACUAAAUUUCCAGAAGAUGAAUCCAAUGGUGCACCAAAUUCGUCGGGAGUGACCGGAAACGAAACUUAGACGUGCGAUAGCGAACUCAUAUAUUUCAGUAUAUUUAACACCCGCGUUUCAUUAUGCUUAGCUUAUUAAUGGCCACUUGCAAAUGAGUAUGUCGUUAUUCUGUGUGUUUUUUUCAUGCAUAUAUAUGUCAUGUAGAUGAUUAUCUCAUCAUGGUCACAACUAUCAUGUUUAUUAUGUUUGUAAUAGAUCCUAAUAUUUUUAUGUGGCAGUAGCCUUACAUAUUUUAUAAAGUUAAAUAAUAAAUAAUUUGUUCGUUUUGCUCUUUCCAAUGCUUAGCAUAUGGUAUAUUUAUGUUGUAUUUCUAUUUGAGGAAUCAGGUCCCAUUAAGUUGUAUUGAUGGUAUCAUGUCUCCCGAUCAUUAAAUUCAUUAAUCCAUUCAUGUCUAAUUAUGAAGUUAACCACUUUAAAGCUUUACUUUUUAUGUGCUUAUAUAAUCACUCAUGUUUAUUUUAGUCAUUGUUUUAUUGGCAUAAAACAUAUCCUAAACGAAAUAUUAAUUUGUUCUACGAAACCCUAAGACAUUUUACUAUAUAAAACAAAUGUUUUGAUAUAUAUAUACAUAUAUAUUAUGUGCCUUUAUUUAUUUUAUGUCUGGUUAGGCUAGUUAGGCUCAUGAUUUGUGCAAUAUUAUAGGUUGUUAUUAUUAUGCCGUUUAUGUAGACCCUCGUUUGUAGUUGAUUUGGUUAAUUUCAUCGUAUGUCCCCCCCAGAUAAUAUAAAGGGUUGCAUUGUGAUUACCCACAUUACUUUGGCAAUACUAUAAACAUAAUUCAAUUAUUGCGUUCUAUGGUUGCCAGUUUCAGAAUCUCAUGGUAAAUGACAUUUGAAAACUGAUAUUGAUCUCCAUGUUGUAAUUUCUUUUAUUGUGAAAUAUUUCUGAUUUACAUCAAAAAAGAAAUUCAAGUAAUAAAUUAUUCCUUACUUGCAUUUACACAUAAAUGGAUUCGGGUGGUUAAUCUUAAGUAUGAAAUCCGUUUCAAGUGCAAUCUCCGAGUAGUUUAAUGCCAUUAUAUGUGGAAUGAUUAACACGUGGUGGGGUUGUUACGCGUAGAAGAAUGUAUUGUUAUUUCUCGUAUUCAUCAAUUAUGAGACCUGUGACACAUCCGUUACUUAGAAAACGCAGCAACAUGAUGGAAUGCUUUCCUCGUAUGUGAGAAUUCACCACGUCGUGGUAGUGUGCCCGGAAUUUCUGGUGUUGAUAGUGAUUAUAAAACGUUCUGAGCGCACAAGUAAGGUUAAUCUAUGUAUGCUAGAAGCCAGAGCGACUUGUACUAAUCUGGGGUUAUCUGUGGUGUCGUCGUGCUAUUAGUUCAGCUGUAAAAUCUAUUCCCAUUCAUAAGGACGCGAGCAAGAGGGAGACCAUCGGAAAUACCCAUAUUAAUUAAGGGGAGCAACAAAAGGAGAGGGGUGUGGAAUUUUGUCAGUUUGCCGUUUUUCAUUUUGGAUAUCAAAUGUGGCCGUAAAAUUCCGAGUAAACAGCACAUCAAUAAAAGGUAUUGUACUACCUGUUUAAGAAAACUGCCAUCCGAGAUCAGAAUGUCGAGUGACUAUGGUUAAUCAUCUGUCUGCGAAAGGUUGUUCACACUUAAUAGUAACUGCGUCUGCUUAGUGUUAAGACACUGGAUAAUCCAAUUAAUGUCACAAUCUUAAAACACUGGAUUCUGGGCUUAAUACAUGUCAAUCGAUCCUAUCAGAAAUAUUUCUGAUGAAAAUUAAAAGUAUUAGUUUGUUAAUUCAGCUUUUAUCUACACUAAUAUAUGGUACUUUGCCCGUUUGUUUAAGAAA